GAGCUGUACUGGGCUGUAUUAGACUACUGGGCUGUAUUAGUCUGUACUGGGCUGUAGUGAGCUGUACUGGGCUGUAUUAGACUACUGGGCUGUAUUAGUCUGUACUGGGCUGUAGUGAGCUGUACUGGGCUGUAUUAGACUGUACUGGGCUGUAUUAGUCUGUACUGGGCUGUAGUGAGCUGUACUGGGCUGUAUUAGACUGUACUGGGCUGUAUUAGUCUGUACUGGGCUGUAGUGAGCUGUACUGGGCUGUAGUGAGCUGUACUGGGCUGUAGUGAGCUGUACUGGGCUGUAGUGAGCUGUACUGGGCUGUAUUAGACUGUACUGGGCUGUAUUAGUCUGUACUGGGCUGUAGUGAGCUGUACUGGGCUGUAUUAGUCUGUACUGGGCUGUAGUGAGCUGUACUGGGCUGUAUUAGUCUGUACUGGGCUGUAUUGGGCUGUACUGGGCUGUAUUAGUCUGUACUGGGCUGUAGUGAGCUGUACUGGGCUGUAUUAGACUGUACUGGGCUGUAGUGAGCUGUACUGGGCUGUAUUAGACUGUACUGGGCUGUAUUAGUCUGUACUGGGCUGUAUUAGACUGUACUGGGCUGUAUUAGUCUGUACUGGGCUGCAUUAGUCUGUACUGGGCUGUAUUAGUCUGUACUGGGCUGUAGUGAGCUGUACUGGGCUGUAUUAGUCUGUACUGGGCUGUAUUGGGCUGUAUUGGGCUGUACUGGGCUGUAUUAGUCUGUACUGGGCUGUAGUGAGCUGUACUGGGCUGUAUUAGACUGUACUGGGCUGUAGUGAGCUGUACUGGGCUGUAUUAGACUGUACUGGGCUGUAUUAGUCUGUACUGGGCUGUAGUGAGCUGUACUGGGCUGUAUUAGACUGUACUGGGCUGUAUUAGUCUGUACUGGGCUGUAUUAGACUGUACUGGGCUGUAUUAGUCUGUACUGGGCUGCAUUAGUCUGUACUGGGCUGUAUUAGACUGUACUGGGCUGUAUUAGACUGUACUGGGCUGGACUUUACUGGACUGGGCUGUACUAGACUGUACUGGGCUGUAGUCGGCUGUUGUGAACUGUACUGGGCUGUAUUAGGCUGUAUUAGACCAUUAUAUACUGUACUGGGUUGUAUAAGGCUCUACUGGACUGUACUGUGCUGUACUGGACUUUACUGGAUUGGGCUGUACUGGGCUGCAGUGAACUGUACUGGUCUGUAUUACACUGUACUGGGCUGCAGUGGUCUGUACUGGGUUUGAGGAUGACCCUGUGCUGUUGUGGUCCGUAGACUCAAUAGUGCUGAACUGGCAGUAAUGGUGUUAUUCUCUCUAUAGGCUGCUCGUACUUUAGUUUAGCAGUAGUUUCUGUGUUUAUCUGGGUUAAGACUUGGUGUGUGUGUGUGUGUGAGUGUGUGUGUUGAGGCUGCAGUGAUGAUACACACACAGCUGUUAUCUAGUGCAGUUCUGCUGAUGACCUUCUGUCUCUCUGCAGGAUCACCAGGACUGAAGGCUGAACAGUCCUCUGAUGGACCGAAGACCCUCUAUCCUGAAACCUCUCCAGAACUGACCUAUCAGAUCCUGAACGCUGAUCACCUGUUCCUGAGGGACAGCAGGCAGGUUCUGAAAGCUGAUAUCCAGCGUUCCCAGAAGCAGAGCUUCAUCCUGACUGGUGUUACUGGGCAGCCGGCCAUCAACGUCAGCUAUGGGCCCAUGUCUGUGGAGCAGGUCAUCCCCUCGGAGCUGUACAGCGCCGGCCCCGGGGUCCGGGCCUUCAUACUGGCCCGGCAGGUCCGUUCCUCAGCGCCCGUCAUUCGGCUGCUGUUCUACGCCGCCGGUGGGGCGGAUGCAGCGAGGGACACGGCGGAUCCGGUCGGCUACAUCUGCGUUACCGCUCACGCUUUCUGGGCCAUGCUGGAGAUACGAGGUACCUGCUCUAUACCUGCCAACGGAGGAUUCUGCCUGGUGCACCUGAAGCCGGAGCCGGCGUGGUUCAGCCCGGGCGGUACCAGGUCCAGCAGAGAGCAGAGAGGAGACACCAGAGGAACCAUCGCAGAACUUUACUACCAGACCAGACCCAGUCCCUCCAGCCAGUGCGUCGCUCAGGACAGCAACCAGUGGAAGAGCGAGGAUCAGGAGUUCGGCCCAAACAUGAAGAAAAUCGGUAACGUCAACCUCCUGCGUUCUCCUCCGGGGAACCCCACGUUCACCCGGCUGCGUCUGGGCGGAACCGUGAUCGUCCAGACGUCUUCUAAACCUCUGAAGAACUCAGACACGGCCACCUUCUAUGUCUUCCUCUCCAGCACCUCACCUGUAGACCACUUUAUACUCAGAGCCACGGUGCGGAGAGGCCUGUCCUUCAGCACCGCCAGACCCAGCGACCCUCAGCUGUGGGACAUCGCCCUGGACCCGGGGAGAGGCAGCGACCCCCAGACUAUCUCCGUCAUCUGCCAGAAGAAGAGCGUCUUCACCGGGAAAAGGGGUUUGCUGGAGGUCCUGCAGCUGGACUUUGAGACUCAGGAGCAGGGCGACCAUUUGGAGAGCCAGAUGAUCGCGUGGCGUCUAGAGCUGCCAGGGAACAUGAUCCGGGACGAGGGCACCAUGAGGAUUUACACCAUCCAGAGAGACUACGUCGGCAUAGUCCCGCAGAUCAUGCGCACAGAGCUCCUGAACACGGCGGUGUUGACGGGUAAGAGGGUGUCGGUGCCGGUGAAGGUUCUGGGAGUGGAAGCCGACGGCUCCGUCACCGACAUCACCAACUCCACGCGCUGCAGAUCCUCAGAUGAAGACACUCUGAAGGUAUCUGAGAGGUGUGACAGUGUGUAUAUGAGUGGGGAGGAGACGAGAGGCAGGGUGAGGAUGCUGGUGAACUUCACCUACAGCUACCUGAGCUCUCAGCUGGAGCUCAGCGUCUGGAUGCCCCACCUGCCCCUGCAGAUCGACCUGUCCGACCCCGAGCUCAGCCAGAUCAAAGGAUGGAGAGUGCCCGUGUUUGGAGUUAAGAGGCCGAGCUGGGAGAGUGAGGAGGAUGAUGAGAAGAAGGGCAGGGGGUGCAUGCUGCAGUACCAGCACAGCCUGGUCCGAGUCCUCACCGCCUUCACGGCCGAGGCUUCAGACUCAAACAGCGGCUCUGUUUCUGAGAAGUUCCUGGGCCCUGAUUGGCUGGUGGAUGUGACGGGGCUGGUGCGCUACUCUCUGAGGGUCGGGGACACGAGUGUCGCACGACUGCAGGCUGGAACAGUGCUGAGCGGCAGGGCUGCUGGAGUCACCACCAUACAGGUGAUGUCUCCUCUGUCGGACGCGGUGCUGGCGGAGAGGAUGGUGCGGGUGCUGGAUGAUAAAGUGAGCAUCGUGGAGCUGGGGGUGCAGCUGGUCUCGGGGCUGUCAGUGAAGCUCCAGCUGACUCCAGGCAGCGGCAGCAGCAGUGGCAGCAGCGGCGGCAGCAGGGCCAUCGCGGCCACCACCACCACCCAGGACACCAUGCGCAACCCCAAACAGGAGGCGGCAGUUGCCUGCUGGGUGAAGUUCAGUGACGGCUCUCAGACGCCGCUCGACCUGUUUGAUCCUAGCGGCUACACGCUGGCGCUCAGCUCCCUGGAUAAGAAGGUGGUGUCUGUGCGGACGGCGCCGGGCCGUGUGGUGGUGGUGGCGGAGGCAGAGGGACAGGGCCUGCUGCUCAGAGCCGAGCUGGCCAUCUGCGAAGCCUGUCAAAAAUCCAAACGCAAGAGCAAGCUGGCCGUGGGCGCAGGCACCGUCAGGGUCAGGUUCCCGUCGGCCGAGCAGCCGGCCGGAGAGAGUGGGAGGACGCGGGCUGGCGUCAGAGGCGCGAAUGAUUACGGCACUGACGCCAAAAGCGUAGACGAAGACGUAGACAUUGAACCCAAAUUGAGCUUGACCUCUUCGAAUGAGCUGGUCGAGAUCUUUAGAAAGAACGCGAACCUUGGCGUGCAAGAGAGCAGCACCUUGACAUCGACCAAGUCCAGCCUGCAAGAGGCUAUCGGAGCUGGCGUGUCUACAAUCAGAGCGGUGAACGGGCGGGGGAUGAACAUUGGCAUUGGAAUUGGCAUUGGCAUCGACAAAGCUCUCGCUACGGUCAGCCCUGCGAAUGUUCUGAAGAAGAGAUUUGGCAACCUGCUAGACAACUUAGACAAUUUGCCUUCCCAAGAGCUUGAGCUGCCGAAAGAGAGCGAUCCAUCCUCGGUGGAAAGCGACUUGAUGCGAACCUUCGGCAUCUUCACCGAUUUAGAGAUCUGCAUCUACUCCCUCAUAGGGGUCUCCUGCUUGGCGAUCAUCGCCAUCUUGCUGAACUGUGCCACUCACAACGCCAAGUCCCAGCGCAGUAAGAAGUCUCCAGUGCAGCAGUGCCAAGGUCCCGGUGGUCAAGAUGAGCACAAGCACCACUGGGUGCGAUUUGGCACAGCUGCGGAACAGAGUAGGGCCGUGCCAAUCGCCACCACGCAGCAAGUGCCAAGUGCUGCUGCUACUUCCAUUGCUGCAGAGAUGCCAAGAAGCGUGGAGAUGCCGAUGCCGAAGCCAAGGCCAAUGGAAAGACCCAUAGUUACAGAGAUGCCCCGAGCCAGAGAGAUGCCAGCAAUGCUGUGCGAAGAGAGAACAGCAACUUUAGGACGUAGAACCAACACUCUGCCCCCCAGACCAGACCCCAUGGCUGUGAGGUCAGCAACUCUACUGCCAAGGCCUCCACGCAGCGAUCCACUACACUCACCAACCAGCAAGAGGAACCAGGUCCAGUUUACCACCUUCACCACUCUCGACAUUAAGCAUUUGGCGGCUCUCAAGAGGAAUGGGAUGGAUUUCAACUGGACUAGCCAAGACGCCGGAGGUGCUAAUCAGGCAACGGGUGCCAGUCAGGCCAUGGUAGCCAAUCAGGGAGGCAUGAGUGGUCAGCUUGGACCAGCAAAUCAUAUGGGGCUAUGUAGUCCAGUUGGGGCAACCAAUCAGACAGGCCUAUGUGGUCAGGUUGGGUCAGUGAGUCAAAUUGGGGCAACCAAUCAGACAGGCCUAUGCAGUCAGGUUGGGCGAGCCGAUCAGGCAGUAGUACGCUUUCAGUUAGGAAACUGCACACCAGCAGGAGAUAGCACUGCAUCCAAAGGAUUCCUCCCUGAAGCUCCAUGGCCUGUGGUCAAACCAGUAGCGCAGGUAUAAUAGGUUUAUAUAUAUAUAUAUAUAUAUAUAUGUAUAUGCAGUGUAUGUAUAUAUGUUUAGUAUGUGUGAUUUAUUAUUCUAUCCAAAAAAACAUAAGCAAAUACAUUUACACAAACAUAAAUAUUUAAAUUUGCAGAAUAAUAUUGACACUAAAGACGAGAGCGCUUCUUUUUCCUUUUUUAUUAUUGAGAAAAUAAAUAAAUAAAUAAAUAAACAAAUAAAUAAAUGUAAAUAUGUAAACUAUGGAUUUAUAAAAUAUGAAUUUUGUUCAGGUGAUUUUGUACAUUUGUAUGGAGAUUAUUGAAAUUUUGAAGUAGAUUAAAAGAAAGAGUUUAUUAAAUGUUUAUGAUUAUUAUUUAGCGUCCACAACCUUGACUUCACUCUGGUAGGUGACAAGACAUGCCUAGAGGUUGCAAAUUACAGAUAAUCUCACAAUAAUAACUCUCCAAUACUUAAUAUAUCACAAGACUAUUCUCUAAGAUACUUUCCAAGCAUCUGUGUUACGGAAGAGGAAAAAAAAAAAUCAUCCUAAAUAUGCAAAAUAAACGGUUUUACUGGUGCCAGUUUCACAGAAUUUGUCAACCAAUAAGGUUUAAUAACUCUUGAUUUGAUUAAAGCACCACCAAGUAGAGUAAAGAAACAGUAACUUUAUUAAGGGGGGGCAGUUUUUCCGGAGUUUAGAGCAUUUAGCGUGUUUCAAUAAAAAUAUAUCCAUAUAUUUGAUGCCACACACUGAUAACUACACACUAGAGCGAUAUCGAUAAUUUCUCCGGCUCCUACUGUGAAGGAUACAUCAGCUGCGUCCCUCAGAUCACUCUGAUUCAGAUUGAGGGGCGAGUCUUUAAUUAAAUUGAAUCGAUAUUUUAUCACACCCUUAGUGGUCUUUUUUUUUUGUUGUUCAAAUUUUGCUGGUAUUUGUGAAAAGAUGCAUCAUUAUAACAGAAAAACAAAUUAAUUUAUAUGAACGUAACAAAUUACAAUAGCAAUCAAACAGGCAUGUCUGCGAUUGGUCCAAAUAAUUUGUUAUUUCAGCCAAUCAGUGUAGAAUUUUACUUACUUGGUACUCGGUCACCUGCCCGUGUGAAAACAGGUUUAAACUUAUUUAUUUCGUGUUUUGAAAUGUUUAAUCCCUUGUGUGUGUAAUUGUACUUUCUAUGAAUGUUAUGUCUAUUAGACUCAUAUAAACACAUUAUACUCAUAACACAUUAUAAUGCAUUAUGCAUUGUGAUUAUAAUGCAUCAUAAGCUGUACUUGUAAAACUGUAUGUUAAAUAUUUGGUCUGUCACUUUACUUAUUAUAAAGAGUGUGCAACGACUCCUUAUAAUACAUUAUACAUUAUUAUAAGCUGUUAUAAUAUUUAACAUAGUAUGUUAAAUUAUGAUUAAUUAAUGGCUAAAAGUAAUUAGAGUAUGCUUUAUUGAGAUUGUUGAUACAAACAUAUAACAUUUUAUAAACACAGCUGAUGAUGCAUUAUGAUCACAUAAGUCAUAAGGCAUAAUAAACAUAGCUAUAAUGUCUUAUGCAUUUUUGUAAAUACUGCUACAGAAAAAAGAGAUCACUUCAGUUUCUGAAUCAGUUUAUCUGAUUUAGCUAUUUAUAGGUUUAUGUUUGAGUAAAAUGAAGAUUGUUGUUUUAUUCUAUAAACUACAGACAACAUUUCUCCC